UAAGAUGUGCUCCGGCAAUCUAAUUUCAAAAGGUGAACAAGUGCAACUGUCUGUCAAGGCUAUUCAUGAACACAGACUACAGUCUAUAUCUCAUAAACUAUUCUACGGUAGCCUACAUCAUUCUACUAUUCCAUUCUACUAUCUAUGAAAUCAGAUAAUCCCUCAGUGCAACAGGUUUGUGCCCAAUGUUCAGUGAAGAAUUACUCCAAAGUCCAACCCGUAAAUGGAGGCGGGAGGGAAGAUGGGAAGCCAUGCAGUUCGCAAAGGGAACUUCUGUUAUUCAAACACUGGUUGCGUGACCCAAAUGUAACCUGUCCUAUUGUUAAGCAACCCCGUGAUCGAGAAAAAGGAAGACAUAUUGCUGAAUAUGUGAAUUAAGCUUCAUAAGUGAAUAGUGAAGAAUGAGUUGAUAUUUUGUGUUGCAGAUCAAGACAGAGAUGGUGGCCCAUAAUAAGUUUUGAGCUGGGCACAUUGGACCUGGCAGAGAUGGACAACAGGAUGAAUAGUUCUGAUAUGAAGACCCUGUCAACCCUGGACCACCCUUACCUCUCCUCCCUAGAGCACAGCCUCAACAGUCCCCACCACCACAGCCCAGACAGAAACCACUCAUUCAAUCACAGCCCAGACAGAAACCACUCAUUUAACCACAGCCCAGAUAUAAACCACUCAUUCAACCACAGCCCAGAUAUAAACCACUCAUUCAACCACAGCCCAGACAUAAACCACUCAUUUAACCACAGCCCAGACAUAAACCACUCAUUUAACCACAGCCCAGAUAUAAACCACUCAUUCAACCACAGCCCAGACAUAAACCACUCAUUUAACCACAGCCCAGACAUAAACCACUCAUUCAACCACAGCCCAGACAUAAACCACUCAUUCAACCACAGCCCAGACAUAAACCACUCAUUCAACCACAGCCCAGAUAUAAACCACUCAUUCAACCACAGCCCAGAUAUAAACCACUCAUUCAACCACAGCCCAGACAUAAACCACUCAUUUAACCACAGCCCAGAUAUAAACCACUCAUUUAACCACAGCCCACACAGAAACCACUCAUUCAACCACAGCCCACACAGAAACCACUCAUUCAACCACGGCCCACACAGAAACCACUCAUUCAACUACCCAUACAACUACACAUACAGCGAGUACCAAUGUUCAUUAAAAGAGGAGUCCAUGUCCUCUCUUUGGUCUAGCAACUGUAGCGUUGUCAGCCUGUCCAGACCCCCUCUUCACUCCAAGUCCCCCAGUUACACAGACCCCAGCACUCUGCUCUACAUUGACUGCAGAGUGUGUGGGGACACGGCCUCAGGCUUCCACUAUGGAGUCCAUGCCUGUGAGGGCUGCAAGGGAUUCUUCCGCAGAACCAUGCGGUUAAAACUGGUGUAUGACCACUGCGAUCUGCAUUGUCGGAUUCACAAAAAGAGCCGGAAUAAGUGCCAGUACUGUCGCUUUCAGAAAUGUCUGCUUGUGGGCAUGUCACACGAUGCCAUCCGCUUCGGCCGGAUGCCCCAGGAGGAGAGAGAGAAGCUGCUGGCUGAGUUCAUGGGUGUGUCCCCCAGGAGCCCAGAGUCAGCGGACUUGAGAGCCUUGUCCAGACAGCUGUGUCUGUCCUAUCACAGACACUUUCCCCUGACCAAGAGCAGGGCCAGAGCCAUCCUGUCUGGGAAGACCCACGGAAACUCACCGUUUGUCAUCCAUGACAUGAAGUCCCUGACAGCGGGACAGGACUUUAUAAACAGUAGACAGUUCCCUUUCCUGGAGCACCAGAGGUCUGUCCUGCCCCCUCAAGAGCCUGCCGGGGAGCUGGAGCUCUUCUUUUUCCGGCAGGUUCAGUUCCGCACCGCCGAGGCUGUACGAGAAAUCAUAGAGUUUGCCAAGAGCAUCCCUGGAUUCACAGAACUGGACAUGAAUGACCAGGUGACCCUGCUGAAGUACGGGGUCAUCGAGGUCAUGUUGAUCAUGCUGGCGCCGCUGAUGAACAAGGACGGCACACUGUUCGCCUACGGAGAGAUCUUCAUGACCCGGGAGUUCCUCAAGAGUCUGAGGAAGCCCUUCUGUGAGAUGAUGGAGCCAAAGUUUGAGUUUGCUGUAAAAUUCAACGUGCUGGAGCUGGACGAUAGUGAUACGGCGCUCUUCCUCGCUGUCAUCAUCCUCAGUGGAGACCGUCCAGGCCUGGUGAAUGUGAAGCCCAUCGAGGACCUCCAGGAGGCAGUACUGCAGGCCUUGGAGCUGCAGUUGAAGACCAUCCACCCAGACUGCCCCCAGCUGUUUGCCAAGCUACUGCAGAAGAUGACCGACCUGCGGCCGCUGGUGGCUGACCACGUCCGCCUCAUCCACCUGCUCAAGAAGCAGGAGCUGGAGAUGUGUCUGCACCCCCUACUACAGGAAAUCAUGAGGGACCUGUACUAGAGUAGUGGGAGACUCAGUUUAACAGCUAUGAAGAAAAGAAGACUAUACACUGUACAGCAGUGGAGGCUGCUGAGGGGAGGACGGCUCAUAAUAAUGGCGCAAAUGGAAUCAAACACAUGGAAACUGCAUUUAACCCAACCCUCUAAAUCAGAGAGGUGCGGAGGGCUGCAUUAAUCAACAUCCACGUCAUCUGUGCUGAUGGACCAGUGGGUUAACUGCUUUGCUCAGGGGCAGAGCGACAGAUUUGACUUUGUCAGCUCUGGGAUUCAAUCCAGCAACCUUUUGGUUACUGGCCCAAUGCUCCUACCCGCCAGGCUACCUGCUGCCCAUAUUGGUGGUAACACCAACCUCCUGUGCUAUACAGUACAGUUUUAUCCAACUAGUGUGUUUAUUAUAAAAAAUAUGUAGAACCUUAUGGGUCUUUAUCUAGCCAGAUCUGUUGGUGCUUUGGUCAACUCUUCUGUGUCAUGUAUAUCAUAGCAGCAAUAGUCACUGAGACCAGGCUAGUUUUCAUCAGGCUCUCAGUUAAAGCAAAUGUCUGGCUUCACAGGUGACCUCCAUGACAAGUGAGGGUUAAGUCUGUUUUCUUGGGACUUGUUGUUUAAUAGAAGGAUCUGUGAACUAUAUUUAAACAAUAACGCAUGAGGGGGUGUGGUUUAUGGCCAAUAUACCACGGCUAAAGGCUGUUCUUAUGCACGAUGCAACGCAGAUUGCCUGGAUACAGCCAUUAGCCGUGGUAUAUUGGCCACAUACCACAAACCCCCGAGGUCCCUUAUUGCUAUUAUAAACUGGUUACCAAUGUAAUUUGAACAGUAAAAACACAUGUUUUGUCAUACGGUCUGAUAUAUCACGGCUUCCAGCCAAUCAGCAUUCAGGGCCCAACCACCCAGUUUAUAAUACAUUAUGAAUGAUUCAUUACUGAGCUUCCUACCGUCUUGCUCUAACUGCAGCUAUUCUGUCUUCUACCACGCUUUUUAAUUAAAGGGAUGAAAGGAGAAUUGAUUUUAAUUACAGGACAUUUAUUGGUGCAGAGAUGGAUUUGUUGUAUGUGCAAGAGGAUGCUGUGUACAUGCGUGUGCUUGUAGAUAGUGGAUAGUGUAACCCACUUAUAGUUCGCUGGAUCUGCUACAGCCCCCAUUGUGUAAGGAGGGUGAAUCUGAAGCAUGUGUCAAAGCUACGUAGACAGCAACUUGAUCGCAGCAUUCCCACCAGGUGGAGCUCUUGUCACCAUAGGGCCAGAUCAGAAUUAGAUCUUUGUAUUCUAUUGCUUGUCUUAUUUUAAGGAGUCGCUCUCUAUGGCCUGUCAGAAAGCAGAAAUAGAACAGUUAAACACACACGCAGCAAAACUCCACAGAAAUAGAAGCCAAGAGGUCAGAAGACAGAGAUGGUUUUGGUCUUGUGUUUCACCACUUUUGAUGACCCCAGGGCUAUUUUUCCCUUCACUGAACUUUUCUGAGACACACAUGAUUCAUAAGAUACAGGAAAACACAUUACUAAAACUUACGCCCCGUCAUCAGUCCCCGAAUUAGGUCUGAUGACCAACUGAAAGGAAAACAUCAGGGCCAUCACACAUUAUAGAACACAAAAACAUAAUGGUCUAUGACUGUAAAAGGUGUUGUGAAUUUAACAUAAGGAGCUUCAACUUAAGUGUUACCCAAUAACUUUGUUGAGAUUGUUAUCAUUUAGUCCCAUCCUCUCUGCCAAUAGCUGUGGAGCACCUAGUGCCCUUUCCCAAUGGUGGAAUCCCCUAGUGGCCUGUCUAGACGGGAUCCACAGUGAGAUUGCGCCACACUGCUACUGCAACAGCAAACAUUGUACCCAGCUACAAAGUCUUGCACAUGUAUCCUACUGAGGUGCACAGAGUCUAAUGGUGGAGAUCAGUGUCUCAACGUCUUUUGUACCUGCCUGGGACAAUUUACAUUAAAACAAGCCCUUUACAGCAUACACAAUCAGUGUCAGGGUUAUAAUUUUUGUGUUAUAUAAAUGUCUAUCUUUUGAAUUUUUAUGUAGAUGGCCAAAGUCUGUGUCAUCACAAUUUUUUUUUUAUAGCCAACCAAUGCCUGUGUUCGUGCACAGGCAACAUACACUUUGAUUGACAGUUAUUGUUUUGAGUGAACCCAGUCCUUUUACCAGUCAGUAGCAACAAAGAACGGAAGGUGUUGAACACUUACGCAAAUUAGUUUAACUUAAUUUUAUUAAAAUAACAUGAAAUAAACAACAUUCGCACGUUUACAAUAAAAAAAAAUGUACCUCCUGAAAGAGACAUGGCAGACAAAAUGCAAAUUAGAUUUCAAAUCAUUUUUUAAAUAUUAAAGACAAUUGCCCAAUAUCCAGCUCAUGAUGGUUUACCCAAAGAGAAGGCUGAUUAAAAUGUGUGGGUAACUACUGAUCAGAACACUCUGCAAAGCCAUGAACCAAUCACAUGGACCGUAGAAACAUAGCCAUUGCGUUUGUUAAAAUGUCCAAAAUAAAAAUCAAAUCAGUCAUGCUUGACUGUCUGACAAGUUAUAAUUUUUUCCAGAAUUAAGGAAAAAAAUGAUAAAAGCAUGAAGAUGAAGACAUUGAUCAUAA